GAUGUUCUGCAUUGUGCCUUUUGGUCUCUGAUUCUUCUUCGGUUAGAGCUGGAAUAGCCGAUUCGAUGAGUUCGUGGACCUGAUUCGGGUAACUUCUAAUCCUAUUAGUUAUGGUACAGUUGACAACUAAAAAAUGUAGCGGUUGCUGAGAAAUUUGAAGAGAAAACAACGGGGGAACACAAAUUAAUCGAUAACAGAGGAACGAGGAAUCCCUAAAAUUAGACCUAAACUAAACAAGAGAACAAGAAGAAAGAAAGAAUUCCUUUAACUCACUAUUUCUCUCCUUCAAUAUGACAUUAGGAUUGCCGUUGCCAAGGUUCAUAGUGCUGCAAUCAUCAAGGAACCCUAACAACAACAACAAUUACUUGAGGUACGCAGCAGAGCAAGGUGAGUUGAACGAUGCCAUCGCCUGCAAUGGAGACAACGCCACGAACCCGAAUGCCAAGUUCGAGGUCGAACAAGCCGCCCACGACGUCGACAGACCAAUUGUACACAUCCGAAGUUGUUACAACAACAAGUACCUGAGGCUAUCAUCUGACAACGACGAACAAUGUCGUCGUGGUUACAUCGUUGCAGUGGCCGAAAAGCCAGAGGAAGAUCGGUCCCGAUGGUCAUGCACAUUGUUCGAGCCCGACUUCUCCACAGACGAUCCCAACACGAUCCGGCUGCUCCACGUCCAAUCCGGCCUUUACCUACGUCGGUCCGACGAUAUCUGCACAUUGGCAGCCUCCCCGAUCCAAAACAACAACACCCCUGAUGAAGACAUGUUCGUGUUCAAGGUCAUCUGCUGGGAGUCGCUAGUGAUACUGCCCAAAUACGUCGCCUUCAGAGGCGACAACGGUCUGUACCUCGGAGUACGCUGGGUCGUCGACGACAUCGAUUCCCCCUGCCUGCAAUUCGCAAUCUCGGACGAAUUCGACGAUAGAACUGUCAAGAACCAGUUCGUCCCAACUCCAGACGGACAAACCGUCCGGAUCAAGAACGUCCAGUCCGGGUCGUUAUGGAAGCGAGAUGACCACAAUUGGAUACGCCCAUUUGGUGAUUACAAAGAAUCAUCAUCGUCGUCGUCAUCGGAAGACGAAAUCACAAUGCUGUUUCAGGUGAUCAAGAUUAAGGACAACGUGAUCGCCCUGCUCAACUUGGCGAACAAGCAAUUCUGCAAGCGGUACACUGUCAAAGCAGCAACGAGCUGCCUGUGCGCCAUCGAUUCGACGGUGACCGAGUUCGCCCAAUUGGAAGUGGUCGAGCUCGUUUCCUCGAGAACCAUUUACAACAUCGACUUCCGCCUCGAUCACGCGAGAAUCAUCCACUCCGAGGAUCGAAUCGUGGCCUCCUGCGUCGCGAUGAACAACACGGGCGAGCCCAGGACCAAGAAUUUGAGGCUGACAUUCGACCAUUCGAUGUCCAUGACAUGGAAGAACAGCUCCUCACUGAGACUGGGGAAGAAGGUGGUGAGGAUCCAGUCCGAUGUGGCUCGAAUUGGUGCCGGAUCGGAGAUCGUCGUUACAAGUGGCGAUUUCGGUGAUUCGACGACUUACGAGUGGGGCGAGACGACCGUGAGGAGGUGGAGGAUGACGAGGAUUCAUAGGGUGGUGGUGCCGCCGAUGAGUAAGGUGACGGUGAGGCUGUGGGGGACGGUGGGGACGUGUGAGGUUCCGUUCUCGUUUGUUCAGCGUGACGUUUUUGGUGACGGGGAGGUGGAAAGUUAUGUGAGGGAUGACGGGUUCUACUGUGGUACAAAUUGUUACGAUUUCGUGUAUGAAACACUAGAAGAGUCGUUAGGCUAGGUGACGAGUCCGUUUAGUUUUAUUCUAUGGUUAAAUGUAAGAAAAUAAUCAAACCUUUUGAGUCGUGGCAAGAAAUAGCGAUACGAAAUGCAAUAAACUAAUCAAGUAUACAUCGUUAAUUGGAUUUUGCGCUGUCAAAUCGACAUCAUUCGAUUAUAGAAACCCCUCGUUGUCGAUGACGGUGAAUCUCGAUUGGAGCUCAUGCCGCGAGUUGGGAGCGGUGGAUUUCCACAUGGUCGAUUUGGGAGGAGAACUCGACAGUUGAGAUGGAAUUGAUUGUGUGGGAAUUUCAUCCCGUUCAACAGAAUGAACAAUGUGCAAAUCA